AAGUUUUCUGGAAACUAAAUGAAGUAAAGUAAAUUACAAGGUUAUAAAGCAGAUUCACAAUAUCUCAUUAAUCCUAAUAUGCUCAUAAUGAUUGCAUCACUAUCAUGCAAGUUUUUUCACAGCACAGCUAAGCUUAGAACUGCUGCUCUAGCUGUAGACAAGAACCUCCUUAGCAAGUUAAGAAAAACCACAGGCUACUCCAUCAGCCAUUGCAAAAAAGCACUUCAGCUUCAUGAGAACAAUUUUGAUGAGGCAGAUAAAUGGUUAGCAGCUCAAGCUCAAGCACAAGGUUGGGCUAAGGCAACUAAAUUAGCUGGUCGCAGCACAAGCCAGGGGCUCUUGGGCGUUUCCGUUAGUUCUGACAGCAGCCAUGCUGCCCUCAUGGAACUCAACUGUGAAACUGACUUUGUGGCUCGCAACAGUGUUUUCAAGGAGUUGGCCCAAGAAUUGACACAGUCUUGCCUUGCUGCUCAGUCCAGCUCACAGCCAUCAGGAAGUGGUGCUUCUAUGAUUCACAAGGAGUUAUGGAACGCGGAGCAGGUCUCGCACAUCAUGGCAAGUGAUGGCAAAACUUUAGGCGACAAGGUGGCACUCUCUAUCGGCCUCCUGGGUGAAAACAUGUCACUGUCUCGAGCGCUGAAGAUGUGGACUGGAGGUGGCGGCGUGGAGCUGUACGCCUACACGCACCCACCACCCGCCGGCAGCACCGUGGCAGGGGGCGGCGUCGACCCGCCUGCGGUGCUGCUCGGCAAGUUCGCGGCGAUCGUCACAGUGCGCCGGACAAAACCUGCCGACCUGGGGGUUCUUAAGCAACUCUGUCUGCAGGUCAUUGGUAUGAACCCAGAAUGUAUUGGUACCGAGGAAGACCUUCAAAAGUACGCCGAGGAGCUUGAAACGUCCCCUAACCCCCAAGAAGAUGUGCCUGCAGCCCCUCCUGCGGCUACAGGGGAGGAAGAGGAGAACACAGACGCUCCUGUUACCAUAGUUGAGAAGCGCCCAAAAGACAAGUUCCUGUUGCAACAGGAAUGGCUGGAUGACGAGGAGUUCACAGUGAAACAAAUUUUAGAUGAAGCCGGCAUUGAAGUGUUGGACUUCAUCCGUGUCCAAGUGGGAGAAAAAAAUGGUUAAGCUACGCUGCAAGACGCGCGUGGCGUUCUGUACAUAAAUGUCUUACUCACUUGCUAAAGAAUGUACCUAUGGGAGUUCUUGACCGCUGUGCUCUACUAUGAAGUGAAUUUGUUGUAUCUAAACAAUGAAUAUGUUGUAAUUGGA